AUGGCCUCGUAUGGCAGCGACCACGAGUCCGAGGAGGAGGACUUCAACCCAGUUACUGAGAUCGACGAGGAUGACGUUGCACCGACCAACGCGGCCUCGCGCAGCGCCGCCCCGGAUGAAGAUGACGAAGAUGAGGGAGACGCGCCGACCAUGACUGGCGACAAUGAGGAUGAUGAAGAGGGUGGUGGCAUAGAUCUCGACGAUGACGACGAUGAAGAGGAUGACGAAGAGGAUGAGGAUGAAGACGUCGUGGCUCGACCUGCAAAGCGACGGAAGAAGCAGAAGCGCAACAUGUUCAUCGAUGUUGAAGCCGAAGUUGACGAAGACGAGGAGGAGGAAGACGAGGGCGAGGAUGAUGCUGUGAGCGAAGUCCACCCUGAUGACCUCCUCGGACCCACCGACGCUGAACUCGAUGAUCGCCACCACCGCGAGCUCGACAUGCGUCGCGAAGUCAAUGCACAAAAGGAUGUCGAGGAGCUGGCAAAAGAAUUCGACGAGAAGUACAGGCGGAGAGAGAUGCAGAGUGCUCGCCGGGGGGCUGCCGGCGCAGUCCCACUGGCUCUGCCCACAGUCGACGAUCCUUCGAUUUGGGGCUGCAAGUGUCGUCCAGGCAAGGAGCGCGAGAUUAUCAUGUCGAUACAGAAGCGUAUUGACGACAAGAUGCGCACGAAACAGCCCAUCAACGUCUACUCGGCCUUUGAACGAGGACCCACCGGACCCCAGUCUGGUUUCCUGUAUGUCGAAGCUGACUCCAAGGCGGCCGUCAUUGAGCUGCUCGAGGGUAUCCAGAAUGUCUUCAUGGGCUCCGACCAGUUCUCCAUUCCACCAAAAGAGCGUCCAGAUCUUCUGCGAAAGAAGAAGCGGGCGCCACUAGAAGUUGGCAAAUUCGUGCGCAUGUUGCGACCGCCGACAUACAAGGGCGAUUUGGCAAAGGUUGUCGAGGUCUCUACCAAUGGUCUCGAUUGCGUUGUACAGCUCGUGCCUCGUCUCGACUAUGGUCUGAACGAGGACGCCAAUGCCGCUAUCGACAAUAAGCGCAAGCGAGGCGGCUUCUUUGGUCGACAGACUGAACGCCCACCUGCGAAGCUCUUCAAUGAGGCCGAGGCAAAGAAGCGGCACAUGAAGCAUCUCAGCAUGACAGGCUCGGGUAACCAACGAGCAUACACAUACAAGGGCGAGGACUACCAGAACGGUUUCUUGAUUAAAGAAGUCAAGGUCAACUGGGUCAGCACAGAAAAAGUCAACCCAAGGAUGGAGGAGCUGCAGUUCUUCUCGGUCCAGAAUGCUGAUGGCUCCGAAACCCUGGAUCUCGUGGCAGUCCAGGCAGCGCAGAAGGCUGCUGACUCAGGGGCCGCUUUCGCUGCUGGUGACAACGUGGAGAUCUACACUGGUGAACAAAAAGGUAUUCGCGGUUCGACGGUCACUGUCAUUGGUGACAUUGUCACCCUUCGAGUCAGUGAAGGCGAACUUCGCGGAAGGAGAAUCGAUGCUCCCGUCAAGACUCUCAGGAAGUUGUUCCGUGAAGGUGAUCACGUCAAGGUUAUUGGUGGCAGCAAGUACGUCGACGAAGUCGGUCUCGUCACUAGAAUCAAGGAUGAUAAGAUCACCCUACUCUGUGACUCGACACAAGCAGAGAUUACGGUCUUUAGCAAGGAUCUGAAGCGCGCUGCUGACUCUGCCAACCUUGGUGCCGACUCUAACUUCGAUCUUUAUGAUCUGGUCCAGAUUGAUGCUUCCACUAUUGGUUGUGUGGUCAGGGUCGACCGUGAGGUUCUGCGAGUCGUUGAUCAACAUGGCGACGUUAGAACACUCCUUCAGACUCAGGUCUCGCAAGUUGUAGGCAUCAAUAAGCAUGCAGUAGCUACAGACCGUGAUGGCUCCGAGAUCAGGCAUGAAGACGAUGUCAAGGAAUUUGCCGGCGAAGGACGUCACGGAAAGGUCCUUUUCAUCCACCGCGGUACUCUGUUCGUUCGAAAUCGGGAACUUGUCGAGAACCAGGGUAUCUUUGUGGUCCGCAGCACGAACGUCAUCACAAUGGCGGCCAAGAGUGGUCGCGCUCAAGCUCAGGGGCCCGAUCUCAGUGGCCUGAACCCGGCUCUUAAUGCAGGUGCGGGUGCCAAUGGCGCUGCCAUGCCUCCACCACGAAGCUUUGGUCGCGACAAGCUGAUUGGAAAGACUGUUGUCAUUCGCAAAGGUGCUUACAAGGGUCUUUUGGGUAUCGUCAAAGACACGAUGAACGACGAAGCCCGCAUUGAAUUGCACACCAAGAACAAGCAGGUAUCCGUAAAGAAGGAACUCCUCACUGUCAAAGACCCAAUCACCGGCAACAGCCUCGACUUUACUGGCGGCAAGUUCCCCAACCGUUCCCGCGGAGGCUUCUCCGGCGGCAGUACAAGUUAUGGCGGUUCCGGCGGCGGUGCUGGUGGACGCACUCCUGCUUGGGGUGGUUCCAGUGCUCGCGGCCCAUCCUGGGGCAGCGGUAACACUCCAGCUGGAGGUCGCACGCCAGGCUGGGGCGGUGGUGGAGGACGAACCCCCGGCUGGGGUGGCAACGACGGCAACCGCACAGCUUACGGGGGCAAUGAUGGCUCACGUACUGCCUACGGCGGCGAUGGAAGCCGCACAGCCUAUGGCGGCGCCACGGCCUACGGAGGAGCGACAUCUUACGGCGGCGGCACCGCUUACGGCGGCAACGACGGCAGCCGUACUGCCUAUGGUGGUUUCAACUCCAACUCUGGAUCCCGCACUCCUGCUUGGGGCGGCGUGUCUGGUGGUGCAUCGAAGCCCAUUUCCGCACCUACACCGGGUGCAUAUAGUGCACCUUCGCCUGGUGGCUACGCGGCGCCCACCCCUGGGGGUUACGGUGCGUACAGCGCUCCUACGCCGGGUGGACCACCCAUGGAUGCACCCACGCCUGGAAACUACAUGGCGGCUACACCUGGAGACGCGAGAUAUGGCAAUACCCCUGCGGCUGCGCCAACGCCGGGUGGUUGGGAUGUUGCUACGCCUGCGCCGAGUGGUGAGGAUCCGAGAUACGAUUAG